CCUCAGAUCUAGGCCUGCAAGUAAGAAUGUCUCAGGACCGCCCGCAUGAUCAACAGCACUUGCGGGCCCCACGGCUUGGAUCCUUUAGCUACUCGCAGCUCUUCUCAGGCAAUGAAUUUCUUAAUAUCACCCAUUGGAAGAUCGAGACUUUAUCCCUUCGAAGUACCUGCACUGUUGCUCACUCGAACGUACUCGACCUGCAAGUCUCGUUUUCGACUCAGAGCCUUGGAUUCGAGAACCUCCCCCAGGCUGUAAUUCAGAACUCAUUAUGCAGACGACGGCGAUUCCUGAAGGUCAUAUGGCUUCGCGCCAUCCGACGGUUAACCCUCAUCAUGACGUUAAAGAAAGUGACAAACACAAUGAAGGAAUAGAAAUGCAAGUGGAGUCGUCUCCAAGUGGUUCAGGGGCAGCGUCUAUCUCUGACCUGAAAGCCCAAACGAAAGGUCAGCGGCUGCGCGCACGAGUGCAGUUUGCGACAGUCUGUGGGUCGAUGUACCUAGCUGGAUGGAAUGAUGGAACAACUGGUCCACUACUCCCACGGAUACAGACAGUGUAUGGCCUGGAUUUCGCUGUCGUAUCUCUGAUAUUCGUGUUCGCAUGCGUUGGCUUCCUAUCUGGAGCGUUCGCAAAUCUAUAUCUAGACGGUAAAUUCGGCUUUGGGAAGGUGAUUGUGCUAGGAUCAGCAUGUCAAGUCAUAGCAUAUGCAAUAGAAUCAGCUGCCCUGCCAUUUCCUGCAUUCGUGCUAGGUUACGCCAUCAAUGGCUUUGGAAUGGCUUUACAGGACGCGCAAUCGAAUGGUUAUGUGGCCAGUCUCAAGGAUAACCCCGAGACGAAAAUGGGGAUCCUCCACGCGGUAUACGGAGCUGGCGCUUUGUCGUCUCCUUUGGUAGCAACGCAAUUUGCUCAGCUCCCGCAUUGGUCAUUUCACUACCUGUGCAGCCUCGGUAUCGCAUUCAUAACCACUGUGUCGUUGAUAGUAGUCUUUGGGCUGAAAACACAGGAUGAGUGCCUCGCUCAGAUUGGACAGCCAGCAGGUGAAAAGGGAACGAGUGAAAGUAGCCAGUUCAAGCAGAUAUUGGGGCUCAGAGAAGUGCACCUCCUUGCCUUCUUUAUAUUGGUGUAUGUAGGAGUGGAGGUCACUGUAGGUGGCUGGAUGGUGACGUACAUCAUCGAUGUGCGCGGAGGAGGUCCGAGUUCGGGAUAUAUCUCAUCAGGAUUUUUUGGAGGUCUUAUGCUUGGCCGUGUCGGUCUUUUGUGGGUGAACAAAAAGGUCGGCGAACGUCGUGUCUUGUUCAUUUACGCCAUCCUUGCAAUUGGGCUGGAGCUAAUAGUAUGGCUGGUACCUUCACUCAUUGGUGGAGGCGUGGCGAUCGCAUUAAUCGGUGUGAUUUUGGGACCGAUGUACCCCAUCGCUAUGAAUCACACAGUACGUAUCCUCCCUGGGUGGCUCGUCACAGGAUCGAUCGGCUGGAUAGCAGGCUUCGGACAGGCAGGUUCCGCGCUUUUCCCGUUUUUGACAGGGAUCAUUGCAUCUAAGACGGGAAUCAAGAGUUUACAGCCAUUACUCAUUUCGAUGAUGGCGUUCAUGACCAUCUUAUGGGCUUUGGUGCCAAGAACUGCUAGAAGAGCUGCAUGAUAUAUCUCAGCUGGCGGUGUGUCUUGUAGACGGUUUGACAUGUGCCGAUAGAUUGCUCUCGCAUCUUAAUGACCUCGUUAUGAACAAAUUAAACAUCCCCCUGAGUUUUCCC